GAAUUGCUGGAUCGUAAAUGCGGCGGAGAAUAAGUGUUCGCGGUCACGAGGCUCAGUGAAGACGGCGUCGGAUCGUGGUUUCGGUCACUCCGGCCCUUCUCCAAUUGUACAUAUGAUCAAGUUGCUCUCAGAAAUAUGACCUGCAAAAUUUCAUGGCUUUUCACCAGAAGAUGCCCAUCAUGUCGCGAUUUAUGCGGGUUGCUUACUUCCUCAUGCUCGUCGCUCCCAUGGUCUCGGCGAUCGAGCUUACAAUCCCGCUCGUUGCGCCCUCGGGUGCAGCAUUAGUUAAGGGCAACCUCGCAGGGACGACAGAACCGAACACGUUUUUCAACAACGUCCUUGAUAACUUGGUCCAAAUCACCAACACUCCUCCGUUUGAGGACCACACUGACUUCAGCUAUGAUAUCGAAUACGAAGAAGAUAUUUUCCCUGCUUCGACCGCCAUCACGCCAUAUCCAGAAGCCACUAAUAUCACUGUUGGGCAAGGCUUCUAUGACAUCAUCUCUCAUCUCCCACAGGGGACGCAGGUUCACUGGGGUGUCAACCUGAGGGAGUACAACCUUACGGCGACCUACCUCGAAACUGUUGCGCUCAUGAACGCAUUUUCCUCCCCUGCUGUAGUAGAGAAAGGCAUCACGCUGAAGUUCAUCGAGGUCGGUAACGAGGCUGAUCUCUACUACGACAAUGGUGGUCAAUAUGUCUCUGAGUGGGAGAAAUUUGCGUAUAACGUGUCGAUGACAGCCAACCUCUCCAACACAUCAUAUACAAAAUUGAUCGGCGCUGCAUUCGCUGGAUCUUCUCACAACAACCUUAGUGGCUUCUCUCCUCAAGCUAUAUUCAACCUUGGCAUCCUUGAAUCCCCUGCAGGCGAGCUAAUCGAGACCAUUUCGCAACACCAGUACACCGUGCUGCAGGAUUUGAUGACCAAGAGCUAUAUCCGCGGUAAUCUCUCCGUGUUCAACCCCGAUAUUGAGGCAACCUUUGCCAAUGGUCUAAACUAUAUCCUCGGGGAGACAAAUAGUAUGAGUUGCCACGGUGCACCUGAUGUCAGCAAUACAGCUGGCGCUGCCCUCUGGUUACUCGACUACUCUUUGUAUGCCACACAAAUUGGUAUCAGUCGCAUACACUUCCACGAGGGCAUUGGCUACAAGUACAAUUUGAUCCAGCCCGUGACGCUUAACUACUCAAUCCUCGAUGGCUCUCCCAUUGCACCACUGGCACCACACAUACAACCACCGUACUACGCCGCUAUCAUCGCCGCAGAGGCUAUCGGGACAUCUGGAACUACGCAAGCAGUCGAAAUUGUCAUCGACGAGAAUGAUGUGUCAGGCUAUGCAUUUUACGAAAACGGUGUCCUCUCGAAGGCCGUGCUCAUAAACACGAUCGCAUACUUUGUUGGCGCUGGUGAGAGGAACUCGACUCACAUCGAUUUUUCUUUCACUGGUUCCGGAAAUACUGCAAAGGAGAUGAGUGUGAAGACGCUGAAAAUUGGGUAUGCAACAGAUACCACUAAUCUGACCUGGGGAGGUCAGACAUAUGAGACUAGCGAUGGUAGAGUUAGCGGGCACCUGACUGUCGACAUAUUACCUGUCAGCUCUGGAGUGGACUUGCAAGAGACGGAAGCGAUCCUCGUCACGUUUCUUUGACGUGGAUGG